AGGUGAUGAUCAAAUACAUCCAAUUUGAAUUAUGUAACCUCCUAAUUAAUUCAAGUAACUCCCAAUUAAAUUAGGUAAUUCCCAAUUAAGUUAGAUAACGUCCAAUUAGGUUAAAUAAUUCCCAAAUUGAUUGGUCUAAUAAUUUGACCUAUAGGGUGAGAUAUUUUGCUUCCACAAUGGGCCAUGCAGAGUUGGCCUCUGCUGUACCACGUAUAUAAAUGUAUUGAUGAACAAAUAACUCGUGGGGCCCAGAAAAUGAGGCGUGGGUGGCCAUCUUCUUCUUCAAUGAUCUCUAAGUCGUCAGCCGCCCGAGAAGAGGUCGAGUUGCAUAUCAAACAAAGAGAAGUGAUCAAAAUUUAGCCUGUCUUAUUCAUGAUAUGAUAUUAUUGUUGCAACUUGCAGUUUUUGAAGAACACAAUAUAUAAAGCAAGCAAUAAUAGAACGGCAAGUGGCAAGCAAGACCUCUCUCUCUCUCUCUCUCUUGAUUUUUUGAUAUGGGAGAAGCACAAGAACUGCAGCUCAGCAUCAUGGCUCAGGAAGCAAAUGAAGCAAGCUCACCAGGGCAUACAAAUGCUCCCGACCGGUCACUGCUUCCUCAGCGCAGAAGUUUCAACUGGUGGCUUAAAGUGGCCAUUUAUGCAUUCCUUGUCAUCGCUGGCCAGUCAGUUGCAACACUCUUGGGAAGAUUGUACUUCGAUAAAGGCGGUGACAGCAAAUGGCUGGCAACAGUGGUACAACUUUGUGGCUUUCCUGUCCUGCUUCCUUACUAUUGCAUCCCAGCAGCAAGCAGAAAUCCAAUCACAAAAAAUAGUACUAUCCAAUUCAAACAACCGUCCACCUUAAUCCUUGCAUCAGUAUAUGGCUCUAUUGGCCUCUUAUUAGCACUGGACUGCUACUUGUAUUCUGUAGGCCUAGCUUACCUUCCUGUGUCUACUUAUUCCCUCAUUUGUGCAUCCCAACUGGCCUUCAAUGCGCUUUUCUCCUUCCUCCUCAACUCACAAAAGUUCACUCCCUAUAUUGUCAAUUCUCUAGUUCUCCUCACCAUCUCCUCCACCCUCCUCGUGUUUCAAGGUGACUCUGCGGAUGACCCUAGUGGAGGAUCGAAAACAAAGUAUGCGAUCGGGUUCAUAUGCACUGUUGGGGCAUCAGCCGGAUAUGGAUUGGUGCUUUCCCUAACACAACUUGCCUUCAAAAGGGUUAUAAGAAAGGAGACAUUUAGAGUGGUCAUGGAUAUGAUAGUGUAUCAAGCUCUAGUUGCAACCUGUGUCAUCUUGGUCGGGCUUUUCGCUAGCGGAGAGUGGAAGGGUUUGAAGAAAGAGAUGGGGAUGUACAAACUAGGGACGGUAUCCUAUGUUAUGAAUUUGGUAUGGACAGCUAUAACAUGGCAGCUUUUUGGUAUUGGCGCAAUAGGCUUGAUUUUGGAGGCCUCUUCCCUCUUCUCCAAUGCCAUAAGUGCUAUGGGUUUGCCUGUUGUUCCAGUUCUAGCUGUGAUCUUCUUCCACGACAAAAUGGAUGGAAUUAAGGCAAUGGCCAUGGUUUUGGCCAUUUGGGGCUUUAUUUCUUAUGCUUAUCAGCACUACCUUGAUGAUCGUAAGUCCAAGAAUGAGAACAAAAAUGUCAAUGGUGAAGUUCCUGAAGCUUCAUCACUGGAAAAAAUUAAUGGUUGAAUAGAUUGGCUUCUGUAUAUCAUCAAUCUAAGUCUAGUUUUAUGCAAAAGAAGAAUUACAAGCUUUCCCCUUAGUUAACUACAGGUCGUUCUUAAUUAUAUGUUGACUGGUUUGUGACAUAUAGAUGCCCUUAUUCUGACUAAAGAAAACAUCAUUUUCUAAUUGAAUGUUCUUUCCAAGUGCCUGAAACAUGUUUUAAAUCGUACCAGUCUGGCCAUAUAAAGAAUAAUGAUUAUGAUGCAGGCCAUACGCUUUCCCAAAUAUGUUGAAGAUGGUGCAGUAACGUGUUAAUUGUGGACC